GUCGCCCCAUAGCCGAAACGUUUUUUUUUCGGAGUUCCGCUGGAAGAAAAAACACCCCGCCUCCUGAACCCCACCAGCCACCGCACACAUCCUCUCCCGCCGGUCGGCCGGUCGCUACCUUCUCUCCCCUUCCGCCUGUCAACCCCUACGUCGUACCCCUUCUUCCCCUGCACUCGCUUCAUCUCCUGCCUUCCACUCCGCCCGCCGCGCCGCCUACUCUCACCCCACGGUCGCCUCCUCGAGCCUCGGCCCGCCAUGGGCCCUGCCUGCUCGGCCGCUUCCUCACGCCCUUCGCUCAUCGCGGUCGUGGCGGCCCACGCGGGCGGUGGAGGACACCACGGAGCUGCGCCGCGGCGCGCUCGGGGUAAGUAGGCGAUGCCGGCACGGUGGUGAUCUCCGGUCUAAGCCAAACAGUUGCCCGAGCGGUGGCAGCAACGUCUCCCAAUUUCGUACUUCAGUUCGAAACCCUGUUAAGGCUACGGUUGUUUCGUUCCUAGAGAUUCCGCGCUCGUGUUGUUGCCUCUCAAAAGUAAUGUGGCAAACCCCUGGGGAUUAUCGAUUGCUGAGUGCUGCCGGGGCGAUGGCCUGUCCUACCUUGAUCUUGGUUAAUUAUCCAACCCCGAUCCGGCCAUCCCAGUUGCGAAGUUUUGAUUUUUCACAUGAUACUCUGCCAUCACCAUAGGAUAGCUGUGAUUCUACUUCUAUGCAUCUCUCCCUCUGGAGGAGAGAUACUAUCUGAUACCCUUGGUCAAUUUUGCACCUGAGUCAGUAUGAAAUCCAGUUCCUGUACCUGAUUCUCCUGCUUCUGUACCUGAACUUCAUUCAGUUUGUAGCCAAAAUUCUGUUGCCUGUUUUCUUUUCACUCGAACAAAAUUUGGCUGGCGUGAUUCAUGAUUGAUUCACAUUCUAAAUUAGCGGGUGCUGCAACCAGACUAAUAUGAUGUGGUAUCAGGAACUUUGGCAUCUGUUCUCCCUUCUUGCCACUCAGAUUUUUUGGUUUGUCCAGGGAAUAUAGGGCGGUUUCCCCAUGAUAUAUUAAAUCAACUACUGCUGAUCUCGAACGUGCUUGCUGCAUAAAUUAAUAACAGUAUGAAGUUCUAACAAAUUCCUGCAUUGGUAGUACUAUUAAUCUACUGUGCAUAACUGAUGGCUGGCAACAGUCUGCUACCUAGCUAGCUUCGACAACACCAUCUCCUCAGUCUAAUUCAACGGAAGAAAACUGGUAUACCAUCUUUUUUUUUAUUUCAACAAUAUCAAAUAAUAUACUCUGUGAAGUGGUAGUGCAUUUGUGUUUUUGGUUCUCUGUCCUCUUGCGCAUUUCAUGUCAUGUCCUGAACCUGGGCUUACCGGCUUUUAGGGUCUUCACUUCUGCUAUACCGAUAUUUCGUGUCUAUCUAAACCUGGCUUCAUGAGUACCAUGUGAUCAAUGCAAGCAUGUCGUAACUCAGAACACCUGAGUACGUUGUCAUACCAAAAUUGUGGGUAUCGCUGUUUGCAUACUUCAGUCGGAACUUUCUUCUACUGUGAUCAUUUGAUGAGUUAGCUUUAUGCUACCAUAAAAUUAAGGGCAAGACCUUACGAUAGAUACCAAUCAUGUUUAUUGUUAAAGAUUCAGCUUCUCUGAAUCUUAACAUUUUGGUUCUUCUGUGCUUGCAAGUGGAAGAAUCAAUUAGUGUGUGUACCAAAUUAGUUUGAAUCUUUUUUGCAGAUUUGAGUAUGUGUAGAACUAUGGGUGGUCACCAAAUUAACACCAUGUAAUUUGUUUGUUUUCAAACAGUGUCAGAUUGUUGACUUGUUCAGUUUUGAAAUGCGAAAAAUAUCCAAAUCUAAAAUGCAAAGGUUAAUUUUAUUAUUUUCAAACGGAAGAUAUUGUUGUCUUUUGAGAGAUUAGACUACGUAGAGACAAAAUCUUCUGAAGAAACAUUUUUAAAAUGAUAUUUGGUGAUUGUCAAAAAAGAUCAAAAGAAGGACGAGGCAUUGAGUGUGUCAUUUUAUUUUGUUAUUCCGUUGCAAUCUGAUCUUGGCUGAGGAGAUGUGUACCGAAGCAAAAGUGUUGAAUAGGAUAUGGAAAACAACACCGACAGACGGAGACCGACGUUUACAGUAACUAAGUUCUAACUCGAAUUCAUGUGCAACUCGAUCCGAUAGUCCACAGCCUUAAAAAGUUCCUCCGAUCGAUAUGUGGACUCUCCGAUGACGUUUGUGAGAUACUACGAUCGACGAUGGCAUGCCAGCGGACCGCAUGGCCGGCCCUGCCGCGGCAUCUCCUGGGCUCCGUCCUGUCCCGCCUCCGGUCCCUCGCCGACCGCGUCCGCCUCCGCGCCGUCUGCCGCCCGUGGCGCAUCAAGCUCCUGGCCCUGCCCACGCCGCCGCAGCUCCCUUGGCUCGCUCUCCCGCUCGCCGGCACCGUCUACGACGUCGCCAGCAACAAGACGUACCGCCUUCAGAUCCCCAACCAGGACUCCGCCGGCAGAGACAACAUGGUGUUCCUCCACCACAACGACGGGCCCUGCUACAGCGCCGGCGGCAACAUGUUCUUCUUCCUCCACCAGGACGCCGACGACGACGACGACGACGGGCGGUGCUCCUGCUCCCUGGUCGACGCGCUCUCCGGCGCCGCCACGCCUCUCCCCGAGCUAGCCGCUCUCCUGCAGCCCCACAUGGUAAACACCACCAACAAGAUGAAGAUCGAGAAGGCGACCAUAUCCUCACGGCCGGACCGGCUGCUGGCCGUUCUAGCCAGGGACGGCAACAAAUCCAGGGUCUUCAUCUCCACGUGCCGAUCACCGGCCGCCGGCGAGAUCACCAACACGUGCGCCGUGAUGCGGGAGAUGCCCCGAAUCGUCGACAUCGCCUUCUUCCAGGGCAAGCUGUACGCGCACCUCGCCAUGUACUACGAGCUCGUCGCCGCCGACCUCAGCAAUUUCGAGGCCGACCUUGGCCAUGGGCCCCGUCUGGGCCGGUGGAUCAAGAAGGCCCGCGGCCUCGACGGCGGCUGGGCGCUCUUCGUCGGCAAGCCCUGCUCCAGGGCUGUCCGUGCUAGUGGUGUCAGGCGGGGAGCUCGAGGAAAUUGCAUCUACUUCGUGGGAGAUUACGGGAACCCCUUUCAACAUUCCGGCGUGUAUAGCAUGGCGGACGAGGUGGCCAGGCCUUUGUUGAAGAGCUCGGUGUCGCGCAAGUUUAAGCGGACUAGGGAUAAUUAUCAGCGGUGGCGGUUUCCGGCGUGGUUCUUUCCGGUUGAAGUUUAGUGAGUACUGUACUAAAUUAAUGACACAGUUCUCUACAGUCUACUGUCAUUACGUUGCUUAGGUUAGCGCCUUGGCCGCCUGUGGCUACUUGAUUAAUUAUGUUUCUCAAGUUUUGUAAAGACUUAACAAAUCUGCACUUUGGUUUGAGGUUUCAAUGUAAUUGGAAUUCCCACC